UAAUAAAUACCGCCCCGUGGCAAUCGCACAAAGUAACAUCAGCAUUGAUAAAUCUAUCAUCUUUUAAAGAUCAAAUUUGACAAAAUUAAACUGAGAUAAGUUAGUUUAAUAAUAUGCAUUGCAGUUGGCCCAGGAUAUUAAAUAAAGAAAAUACGUAAAAUGCCCAAUAAUAAAAGAUAAAAGUUUAUUUGAUAAGGAAAAUGGGUUUUGUUGUGGACAAAGUAUCCGAAGAUUCAUUUUAUGAAAAUCUUCUUCUUGGAUUAUCAAAGGUACUGGAAAAAUCACCCUAUAUAUCCAACCUUUCCCUAAAGAGAUUCUCAGGAUUGAGACAGAUAGAUAUAAGAACUUGGGAGCAUAAUAACGGCAUCUCUUUACCGGAAGAUUUAAAAGCAUUUUAUUCGUCAACAAAUGGAUUCUUGUAUUCUUAUGAUUUUUCUUAUGAAAUAGAAAAUCAAGAAAAAAAGAACGUAAGGCUAGGAAAGAUAGAAAUAAAUCCUUUGAACGAUGUAUUAAGAAUAUAUGGUUAUGAAACUAAAAAUACAGCUCAAAUAGAAAAAGUAGGAACAAAAUUAAAACUUGUGCUAUCUAAGGAUAGUAAAGUGUUCGAACUUUGUUCAGUAGAUGAAAAUGCAAAACUUGUAUUGGUGUAUAUAAAUACAUACUCAAAUCCUACUAUAUGGUUGUACACAACUGCUAUGGUAUUCAAUCAUCUAGCUGAUGAUUUUACCACAUAUUUUCGAAGAUGCAUUGCCCACUUAGGUAUCCCUUGUUGGCAGUAUAUAGCUUCUAGCAGAGGUCUGCCCGAAUGGGCUAAGGAAAUUUUUCUUCUACUAGCUCCAGGGGUAUUAUCAGAAGAAAAAAAUCUAGUUGACAUACCGAAAGUUCAUAUAGAUGAUACAAAUGUAAUUGAUCCAGCUGUAUUCAUGAGUUCUACUAACAGCAGCCAUGGUCUCAUCAUGCAAGCCAUGCAACAAGCCAAGGCUACUAAAGACCGAGAGAAAAAAUUAAAGCAUGCCAACAAACGUCAAGUGAGCAGCCGAUUAACUAAAAAACAUGAUAAAUAAAACUAAGAAAAAAACGAGUAUGUUAUUUUACUACCUUUUAAAUUAUUUUAAACCUUUUUUUUCACUAAUGCCAGAAAUAUUAAUUAUUCUUUGAAACAAUUCUGAUGAAUGUACUUUUUAAAUACUCAAUAAAAUACUAAGAGUAAA